AUGUCCUCCGGAGAGAUUCAUAUCGUGGCUACUUUUUACCCGAAGCCCGGGAAAGCUGACGAGCUCAUCGCCAUCGGCAAGGAAUGCGCUGAAAAAGUCCACGCGACCGAGCCCGAUACGUUGAUUUAUUAUGCUUUGAAAGUGCAGGAUAAGGAUGAGGUCAUUUUUGUUGAGAAGUACAAGAACCAAGCAACCGUAGACGCGCAUCUCAAGACGGAGCAUUUCCAGCAGUUGGCCGCCAAGGUGCCUGAUUUGACAACGAAGCCGUUCGAUAUUAAGAUCGGGUCUUUCCUGUUUGGAUACGAGGGACGGUCGAAGAUGUAA